AUGGCUGCCCGCUAUGACCGCGCCAUCACCGUGUUCUCCCCGGACGGGCACCUCUUCCAAGUGGAGUACGCCCAGGAGGCCGUGAAGAAGGGCUCCACGGCUGUUGGAAUUCGAGGGCUGGACAUAGUUGUAUUGGGGGUAGAGAGAAAGUCUGUUGCCAAACUUCAGGAAGAAAGAACUGUGAGAAAGAUUUGUGCACUUGAUGAUCAUGUCUGCAUGGCUUUUGCAGGUCUGACUGCUGAUGCUAGAAUAAUAAUUAACAGAGCCCGUGUGGAGUGUCAAAGCCAUAAACUUACUGUUGAGGAUCCAGUCACAGUAGAAUAUAUAACACGCUAUAUAGCAUCUUUAAAGCAGCGCUAUACACAGAGCAAUGGACGUAGACCUUUUGGUAUUUCUGCCUUGAUUGUGGGCUUUGAUGAUGAUGGUAGUCCCAGAUUGUAUCAGACAGACCCAUCUGGUACAUAUCAUUCUUGGAAGGCAAAUGUAAUUGGUCGCAAUGCUAAAACUGUGCGUGAAUUUUUGGAGAAGAAUUACACAGAAGAAGCUAUAGCAACUGACAAGGAAGCUAUCAAAUUAGCAAUCAGAGCUUUGCUAGAAGUUGUGCAAUCUGGUGGAAAAAACAUUGAACUUGCAAUAAUAAGGAGAAACCAACCACUGCAGAUUUUUAGUGCAAAGGAUAUUGAAUCACAAGUUGCAGAAAUAGAGAAGGAAAAAGAAGAAUCUGAAAAGAAAAAGAAGAAAAGUAUUUAA